UUCUAUUUAAACCCCUUUUUCUAUUGUAUCCUUCUUCCCACUGAAAAUAGUUCUACAGAGGGCAGAAGAAGACAGGAGAAUGCCAAGAGACGAUGAUGACUCAGGCACCACCUUCCUCAAUAAAGAACUGGAAGCAUCACUGGCAAGAAAUAACGCACUGGAGAAAGAGAAUCAGGAACUGAAACAAGAAGUAGCGCGUCUUAAAGCACAGAUAAGUUCUCUCAAAGCACACGAUAAUGAGAGGAAAUCCAUGCUUUGGAAGAAGUUACAGAGUUCAUUUGACAACAGCAAUGCAGAUGCCAAACAACAAAAACCAACAAAUACAGUUAGAACACCAGAACCAAAUCUAGCAGUGGAAAAUUUGUGUCCAAGGUCAGAUUCCCCAGAAUCUGCACCCAGAAAGGAAAGACCAGCAAGGAUACCAAAACCUCCACCAAGGCCUACCACUGCCACUCCACCUUCUCUCAAGGAAGUAAAUGGCAACAAAGUGCCAUUAGCACCACCACCGCCACGGCCACCGCCACUUCCAUCAAAACUGCUGGCUGGAUCAAAAGCAGUGCGUCGUGUGCCAGAGGUGAUGGAGUUCUACCGUUCUCUCACAAGGAGAGAUCCCCAGGUUGAAAGAGCCAAUCCAGUAGGAAUCCCAACAGUUGGAAAUUCUAGGAACAUGAUUGGAGAAAUUGAGAACCGCUCAAGUCAUCUUAUGGCUAUAAAAUCUGAUGUGGAAACACAAGGGGAAUUCAUCAAUUCAUUAACAAGAGAGGUGGAGGCUGCAGCUUAUACUGAGAUAUCUGAUGUGGAGGCAUUUGUGAAAUGGCUGGAUGAGGAACUAUCCUACCUGGUUGAUGAACGGGCAGUGCUCAAGCAUUUUCCAAAGUGGCCAGAGAGGAAGGCAGAUGCAUUGCGGGAAGCUGCUUUUAGCUACCGUGACCUGAAGAACCUUGAAGCUGAAGUUUCAUCAUUUGAGGAUAACACAAAACAGCCUUUGACCCAAUCACUCAGAAGGAUCCAAGCAUUGCAAGACAGAGUGGAAAGAAGUGUUGCUAACAUGGAAAAGAUGAGAGAUGGAGCAAGCAAGAGGUACAAGGAAUUCCAGAUCCCUUGGGAAUGGAUGCUGAACACAGGACUGAUUGGUCAGAUCAAAAUAAGCUCCACAAAGCUGGCCAAGAAAUACAUGAAAAGGAUAAUUAAAGAAAUGCAGUCUAUUGAAUGUUCACAGGAAGACAAUCUCAUGCUUCAAGGUGUUCGAUUUGCUUUUCGAGUUCACCAGUUUGCAGGUGGUUUUGAUGUGGAUACAAUGCAUGCAUUUGAAGAACUAAAGAGGGUUGGAACAGGCAGUAACAAACAACAGCAUGCAGUUAACACAAUUCAGGAGUGCUAGAAUGCUACUUUGGUGCAAAGAACUUUUGUGAACUAGCGUAUCAGAAGUUUUCUGUGUUUGAAUGUAUUGGUGGAGAUCCCACAUAAGUUUCUUAUAUUAUAAAUUUGAUUUUCCAGGCAUA